ACGACAUCAGCGAGCAGCAGUACAUCCACCUCAACCUCAAAAAGUGUCAGUACACCGACAACCACAGUUUUCUCAACAUAUUCCAGUGUCAGCACAAGUACCUCAAAAUCAGUAUCCACCAGUGUGUCUACCUCAACCUCGACUAGUGUGAGCAAUCCAACCACAUCACUUUCAACGACAUAUUCAAGUGGCAGCAAAAGUUAUUCAACUUCAGUAUCCACCAGUGUAUCAACUUCAACAUCGACGAGCAUAUCGACAUCACAUAGCACCAGUGCAUCCACAUCAAAAUCGACAUCAACUAGUGUCAGUACUCCAACAACCACAGUUUUCUCAACAUAUUCCAGUGCCAGCACAAGUACCUCAACAUCUGUAUCCACUAGUGUGUUUACCUCAACUAUUGUGAGUACAGCUACAACAUCGGUAUCCUCUCCUUUGUCAAGUGCCAGCACGAGUACUUCAACGUCAAUAUCCACCAGUGUGUCUACAUCAACCUCAACCUCUGCUUCAAAAUCAACCAGUGUUUCAACUUCCAUUAGCUCAAGCACCUCUACCUCAACAAGUUUUAGCACUCCAACUACAACAGUUUUCUCGACAUACUCCAGUGCCAGCACAAGUACCUCAACAUCAAUAUCCACUAGUGUGUCGUCUUCAACCUCAACUAGUGUAAGCACACCAACAACGUCAGUUUCCACUUAUUCGAGUGGUAGCAAAAGUUAUUCAACUUCAGCAUCCUCAACAACAAGGAAGUCAAAAUCGAUCUCAUCCUCUGCCUCAACAUCAACUAGUGUGUCAACUUCUGUUAGCACAAGCACCCCUUCAUCAACAUCUACAAGUGUCAGUACACCAACCACAACAGUAUUCCCUACAUACUCAAGUGCCAGCACAAGCACCUCGACAUUAAUAUCCACCAGUAUGUCCACCUCAACGUCAACUAGUGUGAGUACACCAACGACAUUGGUUUCCAAGACAUUUUCAAUUGCAAGCACGAGUACUUCGAAGUCAGUGACCACCAGUGUGUCUACGUCCACUUCUACAUCUGUUUCAACAUCGACCUCACCCAGUUCAAGUAAAUCAAAAAGUGUAUCAACAUCACUAAGCACAAGCACUUCCAUAUCAACCUCAACAAGUGUUAGUACACCAACAACCACAGUUUUCUCUACGUAUUCCAGUGCCAGUACAAGUACCUCAACAUCAAUAUCCACCAGUGUGUCCACUUCAACCUCAACGAGUGUGAGCACUCCAACAACAUCGGUGUCUACGACAUUUUCCAGUGCAAGAAGUUCAACAUCAGUGUCCACCAGUGUGUCUACCUCAACUUCGAGCUCUGCUUCAAUAUCAAGUAGUGUUUCAACUUCUGUUAGCAGAAGCACCUCCACGUCAACAUCGGCAAGUGUCAGUACACCAACUACAACAAUUUUCUCGACGUACUCAAGUGUCAGCACCAGUGCGUCAACAUCAAUAUCCACUAGUGUGUAUACCUCAACCUCAACUAGUGUGAGUACACCAACGACAUCGGUUUCUAAGACAUUGUCGAGUACCAGCACAAGUACCUCGACAUCAGUAUCUACGAGUGUGUCUACGUCCACCUCUACAUCUGUUUCAACAUCGACUUCAACCUCAAGAAGUGUUAGUAAGUCUACAAGUGUUUCAAAAAGUACAUCAAUAUCAGUUAGCACUAGCAUAUCAAAGACGACCCCAACAAGCACAUCGACAUCCACUAGUACAAGUACGUCGAAGUCAACAAGUGUGUCCACUUUCAUAUCUUCUAGCACCAGGUGCGUGUGUGCUAUUCUUGCUUCAUUAUCUUUAAGGUUGGAUGUUUUUGAUCAAAGGCGAUUUGCCUGGUAUAUUGCUUGUUAACCUAGGGGGAAAAAUAUCAUACAUAUUCUAGAAUUGUGCUUAGGUCAUAUCACCUGUUUCCUUUUUCCUUCACCGAAAACAUCGCAACGUCUUUGAAAAAGGGUUGCGCUUCCUUAUCGUGGUAGUGUUUUUUCGUUUUCCCAAGAAGGAAAUGUACUUGAAUAUAAAGAAUUACAUCUUCACUUUUAGAUUAGCAAGCGUCUUACAGCAAAAAGAUCUUAUUUCUGCUGUGCAUUGAUAUUCCUCGAGGACACUUCCAUGAUUAUGACGACGAUAAUAGUUAUGACCUUUUUCAACCUCAUUUUCAAUUUUGUCAUACGUAAAUGAUUGAGCACGGAAGUUGAAGAAACAGAAAAUAAUUUGUAAUAUAUUGGAAGCCAUCUAUGCAGGAAAAAAAACACAUUGAAGAAUGUGAACGCUGAAAGGUGACUCCAAAAGGUCACCCUUUUCUCGAAGAGAUCAUCCUGCACUUUUGGAUAGGUGCUGGGGUUGAUGUAAAGGGUUAUGAUACAUUGUCCUUGGACAGUGUUUUGCAAUUAGCUUGAGAUUGAGAUGGGCAUCAUGUGAUGGGGAGUAUGGCGAAGCCUGAAGCAGUUGUAAGGCUGAGAAAGCGGUGGCAAAUAAUCCAAUUGUACUUGUAUAAAUCUAGUAGUCCUUAUAAACUUAACUACCUGGCAAGUUCAUGGCGUGCAUAGAUGGCGAUUGUUAUAGCUAAUCAGAUGGCAAAAUUUGUUAUUGAACGCAGUUACAUUUAUACUUGAAUGCACUGGGAUGUGAUUCUGCUUCAAGGAUGAGAAAUGCCAUUGAGGUCAAAUUGCCGUUGAUGAUGUAGAUUGAGACGAUGAUGAUGAUGUUGAUGAUAAUAAUGGUAGCGGUGAUGAUGGUUGUGGCAAUGGUGCUGUGCAAUUUAAGAUGAUCUGGACGGUAAAAGAAGAAAUUUGCAGAAGAUUUAAAAAUAAAAUUAUGACACUGACUGUGUUUUGAGAUUCUAAAGAGUAACGUCACCAUUAGAAACAUGUCUGCAAAUUUGUUUAGAUUCGAAAAGGAUUACGCCCUGAAGAAUAGUGCUUAUCACAUUGGCCGCUAAUCUGUAACAUUAUUGACUUCAGCUUACAUGGCUGCACUGGAAGGUUGAACUAAUUGAAAACAGAAGGUGAAGCUGUUUAAAGAUUCGCACGGUUUGGUUUCCAGCCUUGUUACUAAGUUGUUCAAAAUGGCGGUAGUGAUUAAAAAAUGGGACUCCCGCUUCGCAGUCAUCCAAUCUUGUUAAUCACUUGCAUUGUUACAGACUGAAUUGGACUCCAUUUAGUCCUGUUACCAUUACAUACUAAUAGCAGAUGUAACCAUCAUAAUUAUACUGUGUUAUAAAUGUCAGGGAUUUGGGAUUAGGAAAGGGGGGAUUUUCCUGAAAUAUGAAGUGUGAUGUCAAAGUGGUCACUGGUGAAUUGUUUUGUUCCACUUGGUUAGCUCGAUGUCCUCGUCAUAUCAAUCAGUUUCUGAGAAGACUACAGGCACUGUUUUCCCAUCUAGUGCACUAACAAGAAGUACAGGGACACAGUAUUCUAUACCUACAUCGAGUAGAAAGCCACCAAGUUUGAAGCCGCCGGCACGAUCAUCCACAUCAAGGUUGUUGCAUUUACAUUUACCUUUCAAUUGUGAAGGUUGGUGAGGGAGCAUGAACCCAUCUACUCCAACCUUCACGCAUGGAGUGCAGUUAGAGAUGAAAGAGGGGAUUUUACGAUACUUGGCUAGCUGUUGGGAGGAUGGUUGAGGAGGGGAGGGGAAGGAGUUUUAUUGUAAGCCAAAGGAAUGGGACUAAGGAAAGGAAGUGGUGGGGAAGUAUUGAAUACAGUUAUCUUUACCAGGCAGAUUCUUGACUUAACCUUAAACAACAGCUCUUGGUUGCUUUGUGGUUUACAACCUAAAUUUUGCGAUGCUUCAUACCUUACUGUAUCCAAAUAGGUACAUUUCCCAAAAAAAGCAAAAGUGAAUGCCGAAAGCACCAAAACGAAAUCCAGCCCUUCACUCGUAAAAUCACUUCACUCCUCACAGCCCCUCACUCAUUCAAUCCGAACCACAUAUGGUAGAUAUGAUUUCUCACGCUGAUGCUCAAAAUUUUUAAUCUAAAACGAUAAAAUCGUAUUGAAUAUGCGAAACAAAGAACUAUUCACAACAGAUGUCUUGUUUCCUUUAUUUAUCAACCAUGCAUUGUUCCUAGAAAUAAACGUAGUGGCUGACAUGAAUCAGGAAUUAAUGGAGUUCUGAAAAAUCAGAUGGAAGUUCAAGGCAUUGAUAUGAUGUUGAAGUAGAAUACAUUAGGUUUUUAAUAUGAUAGCAAUUACAUUUAACGAUGCAAUAAAUGCUAGGUCUUUUCGUUAAGAUUUCUGUACUUUGCAUGCUUUCUUAACAGUGUAUCAACCUCUAAAAGUUCUAGUAAGUCAACAAGUGUCAGUACAAGCACCUCAACAUCAGCGUCCACAAGUGUGUCCACUUCGACCUCAGCAACUGUGAGCACUCCAAUGACAUCAGUUUCAAAGACAUAUUCCAGUGCAAGCACAAGUACUUCAACAUCCGUAUCCACAAGUGUGUCUGCUUCAACCUCAACUAGUGUGAGCACUCCAACAACGUCAGUUUCCAAAACUCUUUCAAGUGCAAGCACAAGUAUCUCAACUUCAGUGUCUACGAGUGUGUCUACAUCCACCUCUACAUCUGUUUCACCAUCGACUUCAUUGAGUUCGAGUAAGUCAACAAGUACCUCAACAUCGGUUAGUACCAGUACAACCAAGUCAACAUCAACAAGUGUCAGCACUCCAACAACCACAGUGUUCUCGACAUAUUCCAGUGCCAGCACUAGCACCUCAACGUCAAUUAGCAUCAGUGUGUCCACUUCGACCUCAACAAGUUUAAGCACACCCACCACAUCUGCUUCCACGACAUAUUCCAGUGGCAGCAAGAGUUAUUCCACUUCAGUGUCCACCAGUGUGUCUACCUCAACGUCAACAAGUAAGUCGAAAUCCACCUCAACCUCUGCCUCAACAUCAACUAGUAUUUCAACUUCUGUUAGCACAAGCACCUCCACGUCAACAUCUACAAGUGUCAGUACACCACCAACAACAAUAUUCUCGACAUAUUCAAGUGCCAGCACAAGUAGCUCAUCAUCAAUAUCGACCAGUGUGUCUACCUCAACGUCAACUAGUGUGAGUAUACCGACAACAUUGGUUUCUAAGACAUUGUCAAGUGCCAGCACAAGUACUUCGACAUCAGUGUCUACGAGUGUGUCCACAUCCACCUCUACAUCUGUUUCACCAUCGACUUCACUGAGUUCGAGUAAGUCAACAAGUACCUCAACAUCGGCUAGUACCAGUACAACCAAGUCAACAUCAACAAGUGUCAGCACUCCAACAACCACAGUGUUCUCGACAUAUUCCAGUACCAGCACUAGCGCCUCAACGUCAAUUAGCACCAGUGUGUCUACUUCGACCUCAACAAGUUUAAGCACACCCACCACAUCUGCUUCCACGACAUAUUCCAGUGGCAGCAAGAGUUAUUCCACUUCAGUGUCCACCAGUGUGUCUACCUCAACGUCAACAAGUAAGUCGAAAUCAGCCUCAACCUCUGCCUCAACAUCAACUAGUAUUUCAACUUCUGUUAGCACAAGCACCUUCACGUCAACAUCUACAAGUGUCAGUACACCAACAACAACAAUAUUCUCGACAUAUUCAAGUGCCAGCACAAGUAGCUCAUCAUCAAUAUCGACCAGUGUGUCUACCUCAACGUCAACUAGUGUGAGUAUACCGACAACAUUGGUUUCUAAGACAUUGUCAAGUGCCAGCACAAGUACUUCGACAUCAGUGUCUACGAGUGUGUCUACAUCCACCUCUACAUCUGUUUCACCAUCGACUUCAUUGAGUUCAAGGAAGUCAAUAAGUACCUCAACAUCGGCUAGUACCAGUAAAACCAAGUCAACAUCAACAAGUGUCAGCACUCCAACAACCACAGUGUUCUCGACAUAUUCCAGUGCCAGCACUAGCGCCUCAUCGUCAAUUAGCACCAGUGUGUCCACUUCGACCUCAACAAGUUUAAGCACACCCACCACAUCUGCUUCCACGACAUAUUCCAGUGGCAGCAAGAGUUAUUCCACUUCAGUGUCCACCAGUGUGUCUACCUCAACGUCAACAAGUAAGUCGAAAUCCACCUCAACCUCUGCCUCAACAUCAACUAGUAUUUCAACUUCUGUUAGCACAAGCACCUUCACGUCAACAUCUACAAGUGUCAGUACACCACCAACAACAAUAUUCUCGACAUAUUCAAGUGCCAGCACAAGUAGCUCAUCAUCAAUAUCGACCAGUGUGUCUACCUCAACGUCAACUAGUGUGAGUAUACCGACAACAUUGGUUUCUAAGACAUUGUCAAGUGCCAGCACAAGUACUUCGACAUCAGUGUCUACGAGUGUGUCUACAUCCACUUCUACAUCUGUUUCACCAUCGACUUCAUUGAGUUCAAGUAAGUCAACAAGUACCUCAACAUCGGCUAGUACCAGUACAACCAAGUCAACAUCAACAAGUGUCAGCACUCCAACAACCACAGUGUUCUCGUCAUAUUCCAGUGCCAGCACUAGCGCCUCAACGUCAAUUAGCACCAGUGUGUCCACUUCGACCUCAACAAGUUUAAGCACACCCACCACAUCUGCUUCCACGACAUAUUCCAGUGGCAGCAAGAGUUAUUCCACUUCAGUGUCCACCAGUGUGUCUACCUCAACGUCAACAAGUAAGUCGAAAUCAACCUCAACCUCUGCCUCAACAUCAACUAGUAUUUCAACUUCUGUUAGCACAAGCACCUCCACGUCAACAUCUACAAGUGUCAGUACACCACCAACAACAAUAUUCUCGACAUAUUCAAGUGCCAGCACAAGUAGCUCAUCAUCAAUAUCGACCAGUGUGUCUACCUCAACGUCAACUAGUGUGAGUAUACCGACAACAUUGGUUUCUAAGACAUUGUCAAGUGCCAGCACAAGUACUUCGACAUCAGUGUCUACGAGUGUGUCUACAUCCACUUCUACAUCUGUUUCACCAUCGACUUCAUUGAGUUCGAGUAAGUCAACAAGUACCUCAACAUCGGCUAGUACCAGUACAACCAAGUCAACAUCAACAAGUGUCAGCACUCCAACAACCACAGUGUUCUCGACAUAUUCCAGUGCCAGCACUAGCACCUCAACGUCAAUUAGCACCAGUGUGUCCACUUCGACCUCAACAAGUUUAAGCACACCCACCACAUCUGCUUCCACGACAUAUUCCAGUGGCAGCAAGAGUUAUUCCACUUCAGUGUCCACCAGUGUGUCUACCUCAACGUCAACAAGUAAGUCGAAAUCCACCUCAACCUCUGCCUCAACAUCAACUAGUAUUUCAACUUCUGUUAGCACAAGCACCUUCACGUCAACAUCUACAAGUGUAAGUACACCAACAACAACAAUAUUCUCGACAUAUUCAAGUGCCAGCACAAGUAGCUCAUCAUCAAUAUCGACCAGUGUGUCUACCUCAACGUCAACUAGUGUGAGUAUACCGACAACAUUGGUUUCUAAGACAUUGUCAAGUGCCAGCACAAGUACUUCGACAUCAGUGUCUACGAGUGUGUCUACAUCCACCUCUACAUCUGUUUCACCAUCGACUUCAUUGAGUUCAAGUAAGUCAACAAGUACCUCAACAUCGGCUAGUACCAGUACAACCAAGUCAACAUCAACAAGUGUCAGCACUCCAACAACCACAGUGUUCUCGACAUAUUCCAGUGCCAGCACUAGCGCCUCAACGUCAAUUAGCACCAGUGUGUCCACUUCGACCUCAACAAGUUUAAGCACACCCACCACAUCUGCUUCCACGACAUAUUCCAGUGGCAGCAAGAGUUAUUCCACUUCAGUGUCCACCAGUGUGUCUACCUCAACGUCAACAAGUAAGUCGAAAUCAACCUCAACCUCUGCCUCAACAUCAACUAGUAUUUCAACUUCUGUUAGCACAAGCACCUCCACGUCAACAUCUACAAGUGUCAGUACACCAACAACAACAAUAUUCUCGACAUAUUCAAGUGCCAGCACAAGUAGCUCAUCAUCAAUAUCGACCAGUGUGUCUACCUCAACGUCAACUAGUGUGAGUAUACCGACAACAUUGGUUUCUAAGACAUUGUCAAGUGCCAGCACAAGUACUUCGACAUCAGUGUCUACGAGUGUGUCUACAUCCACCUCUACAUCUGUUUCACCAUCGACUUCACUGAGUUCGAGUAAGUCAACAAGUACCUCAAAAUCGGCAAGUACAAGUACAACCAAGUCAACAUCAACAAGUGUCAGCACUCCAACAACCACAGUGUUCUCGACAUAUUCCAGUGCUAGCACGAGCACUUCGACGUCAAUUAGUACUAGUGUGUCUACGUCGACCUCAACUAGUGUGAGCACUCCAACAACGUCAGUGUCCACGACAAUAUCAAGUGCCAGCACAAGUACUUCAACUUCAGUAUCUACAAGUAUAUCAACUUCAACCUCGAAAUCGAUUUCAAGAUCGACUUCAUUGAGUUCAAGUAAGUCAACAAGUGCCUCAACGUCACUUAGCAUCAGCACUUCCACAUCAACAUCAACAAGUGUCAGCAGCAGUAUCAGUGUCAGCACAUCAGUAUCAACGAGUGCGUCUACAUCAGUAUCUACUUCAACAUUAACAACCUUGUCUCGGUGA